AUGUGGAAAGGAGUGUACCUUGAGAAUGAAAAGAUUUUUAGAUCAUUAAGACUCAUUGAUCUUUCAAGCAAUCAAUUGACUGGACAAAUUCCAAAAGAAUUAACACAUCUUGUUGAAUUAAUUCAACUUAACCUAUCAUGGAACAAUUUGCAUGGAGCUAUCCCAAAGGAGGUUGGGAAAUUGAGUAAUCUGCAAUCACUUGAUCUGUCCAACAACAAGUUCUCCGGUGAAAUUCCCUCUAGCUUAGCAACAAUAUCAUUUUUGAGCUACUUGAAGUUGUCGAACAACAAAUUGUCUGGAAAAAUCCCCACAGGAACUCAACUAUAA